AAAGAAAUGGCAUAUCAGGAGGACUAUGGCGGCGAUGGCGGAGAGCAGCGUCAGAGUUCAACGGCAAAGAGUGGACAUGCAGCAACUGGAGAGAAAUCUCUAACUACAAGGUUACCAAUGUACGACCGUGGGCUUUUGAAGAAUGCCACCUCCUAUCUGUUCACAAACUUCCCGGAGAAUUGGUCACCAAAAAGGCUCUGGUACCUCUUUGCCACUUACGGUGCAGGUCAAGGGAGAAUUGUUGAUGUGUUUAUCCCUAAAAGGAAGGACAGGAAAGGAAACAGCUUUGGCUUUGUCAGAUUUUCAGAAGUCAAAAACAAAGCCAGGCUCGAGAAAUCACUUCGUAUGAUCUGCUUUGGAACUGAGAAGAUCAGGGUUGCAUUAGCCACAGAUCGAAAACCCAGCCAUCCAAACCCAAAACCACCCCGCAUCUUACCACCUCCGCCACCUCCUGCAACCUUUAAGAUGAGAUCCUUUGCUGAGGUUCUCCUCAACAGUCCACCCCCCCAAAAAAACUUUAAUCAAAACUCACCCCAACCCCAGCCAACGGGAAGCACAGAGGAAAAAAGAGCUGAGAAAGUUACAUUGGUGCUGGAUGAAGAAUUGGAGGAUUGUAGCUGGCUCCAAAAUUGUGCUACGGGAGAGGUACAUACCCCCGAUCUCAUUCCGGGUCUUCAACAAGUGCUUUGGGAAAACGGGUUCUCUUUUAUCCGCAUUACCCCGAUGGGGGGAUGCAAAAUCCUACUAAGCACAGACGAUAUGAACUUAACUACCAGAUUCAUUGAGGAAGAGGGAGCUUGGUGGAGUAAGUGGUUUAAAAGAAUCAAGCCAU